GUUCAUUGUAGGACCUAGGAACAAAGGCAAGUACGGCGGCAACCUUAGAGUUGUUGGUUUACUUUCCCACACUCCUCCAUAUAAGCCAACUUUAGCAUUUAGUAAGCUUUAAAAAGCUACUUAAUGGCUCCAGGAGUACCUGUAGACACCUUUGCUUGUACUAGAAACUUAGCUACUCAGAAAAUAGGCUACGAGAAGAGAGCUUACGUGACAUUUUUAGCAGGCAAUGGUGACUAUGUCAAAGGGGUGGUGGGGCUGGCCAAGGGUCUAAGGAAGGCGAAGAGUGCGUACCCUCUGGUGGUGGCAAUGUUGCCCGAUGUGCCUCAAGAACACCGUGAGUUAUUAAGCUCUCAGGGCUGCAUCAUACAAGAGAUUGAGCCCAUAUAUCCACCAGAGAACCAGGUUCAGUUUGCGAUGGCUUAUUAUGUGAUCAACUACUCUAAACUCCGUAUAUGGAAUUUUGAAUAUACGAAGAUGGUAUACCUUGAUGCCGACAUCCAAGUGUUUGAAAACAUCGACCAUCUAUUUGAGACACCAGAUGGGUACUUCUAUGCUGUCAAGGAUUGCUUCUGUGAGAAGACAUGGAGCCACUCCCCCCAGUAUUCAGUUGGGUAUUGCCAGCAGUGCCCAGAGAAAGUGAAAUGGCCUGCUGAGAUGGGAUGUCCUCCUCCCUUGUACUUUAACGCCGGAAUGUUUGUAUUUGAGCCUAGUCAGUUGGUUUAUGAAAGCCUUCUUCAGAAUCUUCUUAUCACUGCCCCGACCCCCUUCGCUGAGCAAGAUUUCUUAAACAUGUUCUUCAACCACAUGUACAAGCCCAUUCCUCUAGCAUACAAUUUGGUUCUAGCAAUGUUGUGGCGUCACCCAGAGAAUGUCAAACUAGAAGAAGUGAAAGUCGUGCACUACUGUGCUGCUGGAUCAAAGCCAUGGAGGUACACAGGCAAAGAAGCUAACAUGGACAGAGAAGACAUCAAGAUGUUGGUUGCCAAAUGGUGGGAUAUUUACAAUGACGAGUCACUGGAUUUUAAGGCCGAGAACUCUGCCCAAGAGGGAGAGAUCUGCUCAAGAUCAUCAGUAAUGGCUUCCAUACAAGAGCGUGCAAUUUCUUAUGUCCCUGCACAGUUGACUGCUUAAGGACCAGGAUAAUAUAGCUAAAGCUAAGUCUUGAGUGUUAAGUCGGUGUACCUAUAUUGCUAGUAAUUUUUUAAGACUACUCACUAGAACUUCUGCUAAGAUAUUUGUUUUUGGGCAUGAAGCUUCAUAAAGUAUAUACAAGUCUUCAAUGACAUAAUUCAUGUACAAUUAUUGGCAAAGAACUCAAUAAACCCUAUAAUCUAUACCAA